AUGGCGACAUUCAUUUCUGUUCCGUUGAAAAAGUCUUCGGAAGUAGAUUUAGUGAAACCCCUGUCGAAAUUUGUCACUGCAACCUACCCAGUGGGCGAAGACCAGGUGGAAUACCUCCGUGCUGUGGAAGAGUUGAAUAAGCUGCGCAAAAGUGCUUUGGGAAGGCCGCUGGACAAACACGAGAGCUCGUUGGAGAUCCUUUUGCGGUACUAUGACCAGCUGUGUGCUGUUGAGCCUAAGUUCCCUUUUGCAGAGAACCAGCUCCCUCUAACCUUCACAUGGAAAGAUGCAUUUGAUAAAGGAUCUCUGUUUGGAGGCUCAGUCAAACUGGCCUUGGCGAGCCUGGGCUAUGAGAAGAUGUGUGUGUUGUUUAACGUGGGGGCUCUGGCCAGUCAGAUUGCCUCUGAACAGAACCUGGACAAUGAUGAAGGACUCAAGGCAGCCGCCAAGUUUUACCAGUUGGCUAGUGGAGCAUUUGCUCAUAUAAAGGACAAUGUGUUGUCUGCACUGAAUCGUGAACCCACCAUGGACAUAUCUCCAGAGACAGUGGGCACGCUCAGUCAAAUUAUGCUCAGUCAAGCGCAGGAAGUCUUCGUUCUCAAAGCCACUGCAGAUAAAAUGAAGGAUGCCAUUAUCGCUAAACUGGCCAAUCAGGCUGCGGAUUACUAUGGGGACGCCUUCAAGCAGUGCCAGUACAAAGAGAACUUACCCAAGUAUUUUUAUUUCCAGGAAGUGCUUCCUGUCCUGGCGGCAAAACACUGCAUGAUGCAAGCCAAUGCGGAGAUGCACCAGGCUGCCCUGGCCAAUCAGAAGAAGCGUUUUGGAGAGGAGAUUGCCCGCCUCCAGCAUGCUACAGAGCUGGUGAAGACAGUGGCGUCGCGAUAUGACGAGUACGUUAACGUGAAGGACCUGUCCGAUAAAAUCAGCCGCGCUCUCGCCGCCGCUAAGAAAGACAACGACUUCAUCUACCACGACCGCGUGCCCGAGGUCAAAGACCUGGAACACAUCGGCAAAGCCUCCCUGGUCAAGGCCACGCCCAUCCAGAAUCCACUCAGCCAGAAAUUCACAGACCUCUUUGAGAAGAUGGUGCCCAUGGAGGUGCAGAAGUCUGUGAGUAUGGCCAAUCAGAGGAAGGCUGACAUGGUAAACAGACUGGUGGGCAGUCUGAAGGAGGCUACCAAUCUGUGCAAUGGGGUGCUGGCUUCGCUGAACUUGCCCGCGGCAUUGGAGGACCUGUCGGGAGACUCUGUACCCCAGUCCAUCCUGGAGAAAUCUCGUGCAGUGGUACAGCAGGGAGGACUACAGAGCAUCGAACAGCUCAUUAAAGACCUCCCCGAACUCCUGCAGAGAAACCGUGAGAUUUUGGAUGAGUCUCUGAAGAUGCUGGAUGAUGAGGAGAACACAGACAGUGAACUCAGAGCCAAAUUCAACCAACGCUGGAACAGAACUCCAUCAGGAGAUCUGUACAAAUCUCUCAGAGCAGAGGGGAGUAAUUUCCGGAACGUUCUGGAUAAGGCGGUGCAGGCAGACCAGGUGGUCCGGGAACGCUAUAACGCUCACUGUGACAUGAUCGCUCUGCUCUGUAAAUCAGAGAACGAGCUCAACAGUGCAAUUCCUUCGGCUAACCCAGCCAAAACCCUGCAGGGCUCUGAGGUGGUGAAUGUGCUGAAAGGCCUGCUGUCCCAGCUGGAUGGGGUGAAGCGUGAGCGGGAGGUUCUGGAAGGUGAGAUAAAGGCUGUGACCUUUGACAUGACGACUAAGUUCCUGCAGGCCCUGGCCCAGGACGGCGCAAUAAACGAGGAGGCCCUGUCCGUCACCGAACUGGAUAAUCACUACGGCAACUACACGCAGCGCGUACAACAGAGUCUUCGCUCACAGGAGGACCUGCUGGCAAAAAUACAGACAUCUCAUCAGGAGUUUGCUGCGCUGAAGCAGUCAAACACGGAGGCCAAUGAGCGUGAGGAGGUGCUAAAGAAACUGGCCUCCGCCCAUGACAGCUAUGUGGAGAUCAGCUCCAACCUCAAGGAAGGCACCAAGUUUUACAACGAUCUGACAGAGAUUCUGCUCAAGUUCCAGAAUAAAUGCAGCGACAUCGUUUUCGCUCGCAAGACCGAGAGAGACGAACUGCUGAAGGAGCUACAACAGAGCAUUGCUCGUGAACCCAGUGCUCCCUCCUUCAGUGUCCCCGCCUACCAGUCCAACCCGGCCGCGCCCACCGCAGCUGGGACCACGCCCGCUGCACCUGGCCCCACCCCCGCUCCUAGGACCGUAUUCACACAGCAGACCCAAGCCAAAUCUCAGCCCCCAGCCAGACCACCCCCUCCUAACUUCACUCCACAGGCAGCCAGCACAAGCACUCCUGCCACCCCGGCUCCGCCUCCCACCAACCCCAACCAGCCACCUGCAGCUUCAGCCACGCCCACUGGACCCUCUCAGGCCCAGGGACCACCCUACCCCACCUACCAGGGCUACCCAGGGUUCUACCAGAUGCCGAUGGCAUAUAACCCAUAUGCAUACGGGCAGUAUAACAUGCCCUACGUGCCCUACCCAGGCCAGGGACAGGCCGGCUACCCAGGAGCCCCCCCAGCACAGCAACCAUACCCCUACCCUCAACAACCACCCCAGCAACAGUACUACCCCCAACAGUAGACCCCUCAUACCCUAGACUACUGCCCCAGACGCACCCUUACCGAAACACAGUAGUACAGUUCUUUUGCCCCAAACAACUGCCCCAGAAAUGCCCUACUUACCCCUUAACAACAGCACUCCACCUUGUCCCGCUCACCUUCUAACACCCCUACUCCUAUCACUCCCACUCUCUCUCCCUUUCUCUCUCUCGCUCUGUCUUCUUUAACACGUCACCGUCUGUCUGCGGAGUAUAGAACACUAGAGGGACCACAGGGCUCUGUCCUGAUUGGCUAAUUAGAGCAACUUGUAAUGGUUAGGGUUCCAUUUGGAUGAGGCUCCGCCUUCUUUGACUUCUCUCUCUCUCUCUCUCUCUCUCUCUCUCUGUCUGUCUGUCUGUCUCUGUUUAUGCCCAAAGUGAAGCUGCCAUCUAUCAGGGCGGCUGCUAUAUCUUAUUUUUGUAAUGAAUACUGACAUAUAUCCUAUGUCAUAUAACCUAAUGCAGGAGCUGUAGAUGUUUUCUUACCUAGAAGAUGAUAAUCAAUGGGAGAAAGAGGGGUUUUUUUUUCUUUUUCAUUUACUGUAAUGCUCUUUCACUUCACCUGUUCAUCACUGAGAAAUGGAGCAGUAAAUGGACUGAUAUAUCAGAGGUUGCAUCUGUCACUUAAAAUCCUUAUUUGACCUUCUUUUUGUGUUUUCUUUUUUGCUCUCAUAUGAUUAAAAAUCUGUGUGAUUAAAAA